AGCUGCUUGAUUGCCUCCUCCACCAUUAUAAAUAGCAGCAUUGGUUAAUGUUGUAACACACCUUCUUUGCAUUAAUUCACGGAAACCAUGGUUUCAAUAAGUGUUUUAGCAAACUCCUAUCCAUCUUUUCCCAUGUUGUUUCUUCUAGCAAUAUUAUUGUUGCUUUCCUUUGUCCUAAAACACAAAUCUUCCAAGGUCCCGGCCAUUCCACCAGGGCCAAAAUCAUGGCCUAUUAUAGGAAAUGUACUUCAAAUGGGAAACAAGCCCCAUAUUUCCUUGACUAAAUUAGCACAGGUUUAUGGUCCACUCAUGUCCCUCCGACUAGGGACUCAACUUGUUGUGGUAGGGUCUUCUCGGGAAGCAGCCUCCGAAAUCCUCAAGACUCAUGACCGAGAACUCUCCGGCCGGUGUGUGCCUCACGCAUCCUUUGCUAAGGACCCUAAGCUGAAUGAGGACUCCAUAGCGUGGACGUUUGAGUGCACCGACCGAUGGAGGUUCUUUCGUUCCCUGAUGAGGAAUGAGCUAUUCUCUUCUAAAGUCGUUGAUGGACAGUCAAGAACAAGAGAAACCAAGGCCAGAGAAAUGAUAGAUUUCUUGAAAAAGAAGGAAGGAGAGGGAGUCAAAAUACGAGAUAUUGUGUUUGUUUAUACAUUUAAUGCAUUGGCGAACAUUUACUUAUCAAAAGACUUGGUAGAUUAUGAUCAAAUUGGAGAGUGUCAAAGAGUGUGUGGGCUUGUAAGGGAAAUGAUGGAGUUACAUACAACUCUAAACAUAUCGGAUUUGUAUCCUAUACUAGGUAGUUUGGAUCUUCAAGGUGUGAGUAGAAAGUGUAAUGAGUGCGAGAGUAGAAUUCAAGAAUUAUGGGGGAGUGUCAUCAAAGAACGCAGAGAAGGCCGCAACGAUACAGGAGAUGAUGAUGAUAAUUCCAGUAAACGUAAAGAUUUUCUUGAUGUUUUGGUUGAUGGGGAAUUUUCUGAUGAGCAAAUCAGUUUAUUCUUCGUGGAACUCUUAGCUGCAGUAUCGGAUAGUUCUAGCUCAACAAUCGAAUGGGCGAUGGCAGAACUGAUGAGGAAUCCACAAGCAAUGAAACAACUUCGCGAAGAACUUGCUGGAGAAACUCCUGAAGACUUGAUAACAGAAUCAAGCCUAGCAAAAUUCCCUUACUUGCAUUUAUGUGUCAAGGAAACUUUGAGAUUACACCCUCCAGCACCAUUACUAAUACCUCACCGAGCAACAGAAGAUUGUCAAGUUUUGGACUGCACCAUACCAAAGGACACCCAAGUUCUUGUGAAUGUAUGGGCAAUUGCAAGAGACCCUGCCAGUUGGGAAGACCCUUUGUGUUUUAAACCUGAAAGAUUCCUGAAUUCUGAUCUGGAUUACAAAGGAAACCAUUUUGAGUUUUUGCCUUUUGGAAGUGGAAGGAGGAUUUGUGCCGGGUUACCAAUGGCUGUUAAGAAAGUUCAGCUGGCUUUGGCCAAUUUAAUCCAUGGCUUUGACUGGUCUCUACCAAAUAACAUGCUUCCUGAUGAACUAGACAUGGCUGAGAAGUAUGGUAUCACACUGAUGAAGGAGCAACCUCUUAAGCUUAUACCGAAAUUGAGGAAAUGAUCAUAACUUCUUGUGGUUGAUGAUGGAGCAACCCUUUAAUUUCCCUGUGUUUUCUGUUAUCUUGCGUCAUUGUUUCCUGUACUGUGUUGUGAUCCAUGAAGCAUGUUAGGCUAUUUGGUGUGGUGUUGUGCUAUAUGUAUACAAUCUGUUUAAUA